CCUCUCCCCCCAGAAGCCCCAGUGGCCCAGUCGCGAGGCGAGACCGCACGAGAGACCUAACAGUCAGCGCUGUCGUUCGGCCGCCCGCCCGCUCAGCUCCCGUCUGUGACUGCCGGCGGCCGGCCCAGCACCCCGCGACCGCCGUCCCCUUGCCCCCUAGCCCGCCCGGUUGUUCCCUUCUCCUCGCCGGUCGCCGGCUCGCGCGCGGCCCGCCCUCUCUCCUGUUCCAUGUUGGUGAAUUUUCUUCUGCAGUAGGAAGAGGCAGUCGGGUUGGGUACGAGUAGAGGAGAUGGUGUUCGGACAGGUUGUGAUCGGGCCACCAGGCUCCGGCAAGACCACCUACUGCAACGGCAUGUCCCAGUUCCUCUCCCUCGUGGGAAGGAAAGUUGCGGUCAUCAAUCUCGACCCCGCGAAUGAUGCAUUGCCAUAUGAAUGUGCCAUCAACAUUGAGGACCUCAUAAAACUUAGUGAUGUCAUGUCUGAGCAUUCGCUUGGUCCUAAUGGAGGGCUUGUGUAUUGCAUGGAUUACUUGGAGAUGAAUAUUGACUGGCUUGAAGAGAAACUGAAACCUUUUAUUGAAGAUCACUAUUUUUUAUUUGAUUUCCCGGGGCAAGUGGAACUUUUCUCCCUUCACACAAAUGCAAGGAAUAUCAUCAAUAAACUCGUCAAAAAGCUAGACUUGCGGCUGACUGCUGUGCACCUUGUUGAUGCUCAUUUAUGUUGUGAUCCUGGGAAGUAUGUGAGUGCUUUGCUUCUUUCACUAUCAACAAUGCUACACUUGGAGCUACCACACAUCAAUGUUCUAUCAAAGAUUGACCUUAUUGAGAACUAUGGAAAUUUAGCAUUCAACCUUGACUUCUACACUGAUGUCCAAGACCUGUCCUAUUUGCAAUACCAUCUUGAUCAAGAUCCUCGUUCUGCCAAGUACAGGAAACUUACGAAAAAGCUAUGUGAUGUGAUUGAUGAUUUUAGCUUAGUCAAUUUUACAACUUUGGACAUCCAGGACAAAGAAAGUGUUGGUAAUCUUGUGAAGUUGAUUGACAAGAGCAAUGGCUAUAUAUUCUCUUCUAUAGACAGCAGCGCUGUUGAGUUCAGCAAAAUUGCAGCUGCGCCUCUUGACUGGGACUACUACAGAACAGCGGCGGUGCAGGAAAAGUACAUGAAAGAUGAUGAAAUCAUUCAGAAAACAAGCGGGAUGCAAUGAGAUCGACAUUCACUGGCGCCAGCUGCUGGUUAAACGCUUCACUGGCGUAGACCCGAGCUCGUGUUUACUAGGACAAUGUGGAUGUUGCCUGAAGUUUCUUGCUACCCCCUAGAUGUGUAGAAUUUCGUCUUCACCUCUGGGGCGAAGGUAGUAUGCUGGGAAACUAUAUGGCAACUUGGCAAGUAUACUUGUUUCUCGUGACUUGGUUGAUUUCAGCAUGUAGGACUAGUAGAAACUCAACAGCACCUGUAGUCUGGUCUCGUCGGUCUGUAUUUCUGUACUAUGGUAGAGUUGACGGUAUGCAAUUAUAUACCAAGCACCUAACCAUUUGGCCGUUGA